CUGUACGCGGUGGCUGUGAAAGACUUAAUAAGAAAGACGGAUCGAAACUACAAGGUGAAAACCCGAAACAGCACGGUGGAAUAUACCAUCAAGAAACUGGAUCCCGGCGGAAGAUACCACAUCGUUAUACAGCUAGGAAACAUGAGCAAAGAAGCUAGUUUGAAAAUCAACACAGAUGGUGAUGCCAGUGCGUCCCUAUUGGGCAAAUCUAAGGAUGUUGCUGCCAUUGUGGUGCCCGUCCUGUUCCUCUUACUAGUGACAGUGGGCGUUGGGUUUGUGGUCUUGUACAUGAGGCAUCGAAGACUUCAAAAUAGCUUCACGGCUUUUGCCAACAGUCACUACAACUCCCGACUGGGCUCCGCCGUCUUCUCCUCUGGGGACGACUUAGGCGAUGAAGACGACGAAGCCGCAAUGAUCACGGGUUUUUCAGAUGACGUCCCCAUGGUAAUAGCGUGAAGAACGUUUCUGGUUUCCGGAAAGCGCAAAAAUAAUAAUAAUAAUAAUGGUGUAAAUAUUUUAUUUGAUAAAGAAAAAAAAAGUCAACUGUUUAUUUUAAA